GUUGCCUGUAUUUCCGUUCCUCCGCUCCCGGGAUUGUAUCUUGUUCAGGGAUUCCUCUCCGGGUAUACCAUGGAGGGACGAUUAAAGGGUGGCUUUCCCCUGCGCCUAUCCCCCAAAGAACCCAAGGCUCAGGGCGCCUGUUCGCCCAACCACUUGUGAGGAUCCGAGGAUGCCUCGGCUGGGCCGGAAUUCCAAGCUGCUCUCCGGGCAACCGGGGAAUGGCGGGGCGAAGGUGUGGGGCUGACCGACAGGCAAGCCGGUUCCCCCCCUCCGCGGGCGUCUUCGUGGCUGGGCGCCCCCAUCUCGCCCGCCGGCAAUAGGAAGGCGAGGGGAGCGGGCUUCCUGGAGUCGCUUCGACUGAUGAACCGCGGGUAUGCUUCUAGGUGGCUGCGCCAAGGCGGGCGAGGAAGAGCCCAGCGGGGAUUCGCCCAGGCCGGACGAGGAAAGCCAGCCGCCCUUGCAUGGCGCCGGGAUCUGUAAAUGGUUCAACGUGCGGAUGGGCUUCGGGUUCCUCUCUAUGACCGCCAAGGAAGGCAUCGCCCUCGAUUCCCCGGUGGACGUUUUCGUGCAUCAGAGCAAACUCCACAUGGACGGUUUCCGCAGCUUGAAAGAAGGAGAAGCAGUUGAAUUCACUUUCAAGAAAUCCUCUAAAGGUUUGGAGUCCAUCCGAGUCACUGGCCCUGGAGGGGUUUCCUGCAUUGGUAGUGAAAGGAGACCGAAGGGAAAAAACCUUCAGAAACGCAGGUCGAAAGGAGAUCGAUGCUACAACUGUGGUGGCCUGGAUCAUCAUGCCAAAGAAUGCAAGCUCCCUCCGCAGCCUAAGAAAUGCCACUUCUGCCAAAGCAUUGCCCACAUGGUGGCCAACUGCCCUAUCAAAACGCAGCAGUCACCCAGUUCUCAGGGAAAGCCCACAUACUUCCGGGAGGAGGAGGAAAUGCACAGCUCACCCUUUCUUCCUGAAACCAGGGAAUGAUCUCUGGAAGUCAGUAGGAAAUCUGCCCAGUUGACCGGCUUCAGGGCAUCAAGUCAGCCAAAAUGGGAGCAGAGAACAGCAUUGGCUCCAAGCUGUGGGUGAACAAGCACUGGGCAGGAGAGCAGCAGCUUUUAUCUUUAGCAAAGGCAAAAACUGAGUGGGAGAGGAAACCCUUUUCUCCUUGUAGUGGGUAUGGAAUCUGGGAAUCCUUUUCUUAAACAAUCAGUUUUGUGAAAUUGGAAGCAAAAAGCCAAAGAUACCUUUGUGAGCUUGGCUUUCUUCACUCAUCCAAGUGAAGAUCAGGAAAAUGCAAAAACCAAAAUCUGAAAUUA